CAAAAGAUCCGGGAAUGUGGCAUCCUAUCAAGAAGUUCUUGGCUAGAGAAGGGUACUACCUCCUUGUUAAAGUGAGAAAACAACUGAAUUCAGGGGCUUCUUAACCAAGUGUUUACCUGGCGUACUGCGGUGGUACUUAGUACUGUGCUCACACCUUGAAGAAGUGGAAGGUGCUUUUGCCUUCUAGUAAGAGACCGGCAAGAUGAUUGACCUGAGCUUUCUCACGGAUGAGGAGCAAGAGGCGAUUCUGGAAGUGCUCCAGCGGGAUGCCCAUCUGAAGAGAAUGGAAGAGGAGAGAAUCAGGCAGUUACCUGAAAAAGUCAAAGAUGACAACCAGAUCAAGAACAUGAGCGGGCAAUGGUUUUAUGAAGCCAAGUCCAAGAGGCACAGAGAUAAAAUCCACGGCGCGGACAUCAUUCGUGCAUCUAUGAGGAGGAAGCCCUUGACAGCAGCGGAGCGGAGUCAGAAUAAGUCUGGCAGAAAAAAGAACAGUUGGGUGAACAAUGUCAAUAAAGAAGUCCUCGUGACCCCGGAGCCAUUUGGUGCUUUAGAGGAGACAGAAGGGGAAUCGAAAUCUAGUCCGAGUCCUACAGUGUUUGGCAGAGAGGCUAGUGUGUUAGCCGCACCCCAGGAAGACACAAAGAAGUCAGCUGUAUCACCAUCAAAGGAAAGGAAGAAUCCAUUUAACAAAUCAAGCCUGUUAGAAGACGAUGCAAAAAGUCAACACUCUGAACAUGGAGUUUCUGGUUCAUCAGAGGCAUCAAAGAAGGAUCCCCCUUUGCCUUCAGUAGAAAACCAACCCGAGGUAAACAUAACAAACAAAGAGCAGGCUUCUGUACAGCCGAACGAUCCACAGAGACAGGCGGGGAAGCCUCCCGUACCAAAAGCUAGGAAGAACGUCCACAAGACGUCCGACGUCGGCGUGAAGAGCGACGAUUCGUUCCCCCAAGUGUCUAGAAGGAUCAAGCCAGGUAACGGCCAAGGGACGCCGCCCAGGGGCAUCUUGAAGCGCAACUCGAGUUCAAGCUCCACCGAUUCCGAAGUGCUCCGCCUUAGCCAAACGGUGGACCCCCCCUUUAAAAACGGGCUGCCUCCUUCGACGAUCCUCGAAGGGGUGGCGGAUAAGAACAGCCCCCCCAGAAGGGAGCUGGAAGGAUUUUCUCAAAACUCUUUGGAAAGAUCGAAGCAGGUCAGAUUCUCUUCCAGCGUGAGUAGGAAGGAACGCCCGCCCAGCCUUGAGUUGCACGAGGGGAAGGAAUCGGGGGAGUUCAGCUUGUUAGACUCAGACUACGGGAAGCCAAGUGACAACCAAGUGUCCAGGUUAGGCGCCUGUCAGAAUGAGCAGACUCCUCCGAUAAACCCAUCGCCCUUCCGUUCUAUAGACAUUAAUGGCCACAGUGAGGAUCAGGCUAUGCCAAAAGAAGGAACGGCGGAUCCAAGUUCUUAUAACGCGGAUAGGCCGGGCCAACCACCCGAAACCUUGCAGUCCCAGAAAAGCCCACCUGCCAAAUGUAGAACUCCCAGUGACUCUUCCAGCAAGAUCUUCCCAAAGGUCGUGGAAGAGCGAAGGGCUGCUGAAGCAAAGCUUGAAAUCAAAACUGGACCUCGGAGCCCUGCGCCAGACGUCCCACAAAGCUCCGCUGGUCAGCAGCUGCCUUUGGCUAAUACGGAAGACCCCCGGGCCCCAAGCGCCGUCUCCACAGACCUUGAACAAGGUUCGGCAGAAGACCCAAACCCUGUUCUGGAGGCUUUGAAAAGGAGUUCAAAUAGGCAAAUUCCUUCCAAAAGUCUAGAGGACAUACCAUCAGCCACAUCAAAUGAAGGAAAAGUAAACACUCGAAAGGAAGACUUAGUGCUUAGUGCCGAAGAUGAUCAGAAAGCCGGCCGACCGCGCACAACCACACCAGGAAUCUCCACAGCACCUUCUUUCCCCGUUAACCAGUUCUCCAACCCAGAGAAAGUCAAAGGGAUGAGCAAAUCGGUUCCUACGUUUCUACAGGAGGAGAGUGAUGACAGAGAGACAGACACAGCGUCAGACAGCAGUUACUCACUUGGCAGGAUCAAGAAGAGCCCAAGUUCCCUAACCAAUCUUAGCGGCUCUUCUGGCUUGGCAUCCUUGUCUUCUGUAAGCACGAGCGUGAUGAGUGUCUACAGUGGGGACUUUGGCAACGUGGACGUGAAAGGGAAUAUUCAGUUUGCCAUCGAUUACGUGGAGCAGCUGAAGGAGCUCCAUGUUUUCAUCGCCCAGUGCAGGGACUUAGCAGUGGCAGAUAUUAAGAAGAACCGUUCAGAUCCGUAUGUGAAGAUUUAUCUGCUGCCAGAGAAAUACAAACUGGGCAAAAGAAAGACCUCGGUGAAGAAGAAAACGCUGAAUCCUGUCUAUAAUGAAAUACUGCGGUAUAAAGUCGACAAGGCCCUUUUGGCAUCCCAGAGGCUGAAUAUCUCAGUGUGGCACCACGACACUUUUGGACGCAACAGUUUUUUGGGCGAAGUAGACAUUGACUUGGGCGUGUGGGACUGGGAUGACCGGCAGAACAAGCAUAUGAUCUGGUACCCGCUUAAGCCUCGAGCUCCAUUGGCUGCUCUGGAGCUGGAGAACCGAGGAGAGAUGAAGCUAGCUCUCCAGUAUAUCCCACACCCUGUAGGAGGUAAAAAACCUUCAGCCACUGGAGAAGUCCACAUUUGGGUGAAGGAAUGCGGUGACCUCCCAAUACUCAGGGGCAAUAAGCUCAACUCCUUCGUUAAAUGUACCAUCCUCCCGGACACAAGUAGAAAAAGCCGCCAGAAAACGAGAGCUGUGGCCAAGACAACCAACCCGGUGUUCAACCACACGAUGGUCUACGAUGGCUUUAAGCCUGAAGAUUUGAAAGAAGCUUGUGUAGAACUUACCGUCUACCACAACAAGCUGGUGAAUCACUUUGUGGGCGGCCUCAGGAUAGGACUUGGAACAGGUAAAAGCUACGGCACUGCAGUAGACUGGAUGGACUCCACGUUAGACGAAACCAGCUUUUGGGAGAGGAUGAUCAAUUCACCGGACCAGUGGGUUGAGGACACCCUGCCGCUAAGGAUGCUAACGAUAGCAAAAAUGGCAAAGUAGUGCCAUGCUCUGAUUAUUCGCGUCCAGUUUGCGUGGCUUGCUGCGGCUGAAGUGUACAGAAGAGCUGGGCAAAGGAUAACAGGCACAGACUUUGGAGCAAAUUUCUUCCUGGCGUAAAUCAAACAGAGGGCCUCUGUGCUUGCAAACUAUUUGUGGGUUUGGGUUUUUUUUUUUUUACUGCUGUAGGCUUUUAAAAAUACACAUUAACCUCUGCCUACUUGCAGGUACUAUUUAAAACGUUAAAACUCCUUAAUCUUUAAUAAAGAUUAAUUAAAGAAUAAAAUAUAAAAUGUAUUUAAAAUGUCAUGUACAGUUUUCUUGUGUGGCCGCACUGAAUAAGGAAAGACGAAAAGGUUGGCGUUUUGUUAAAUAGGCUACAUCUGCUCACGCUGUCUCUCUCUCUCUGCUUCUGACGCCCUUUUGUUCCCGAGAUCAAUAUGUAGAUAUACCCAGCAGUGUGGUAGCAUGCUAGAUAGCGGGCACAAAGGCAAGUGGUGAUAACUAGAUUUAAGUUUUAGGUUUUUUGGGGGGUGAGGGUCUUAGGCAAGAAUCGGAUGUUACAGUAGAACAGUUGAUAGAAAGCUACCAAACAACCACUCCUGUGUCUCGUCGUCUUCAUCUGAAUAUCUUGGGAUGCUCAGUGUUUGAUGUGAUGCCACUGUUAACCCUACGAAUUUCCCUUCACUUAGUUUAAGUGGCUGCUGCUUCCGGAGAUACAGAAACUGAAAAGUAUUGAUGAUCCUGAGUCAUGUACUGAGCAUCCCUAGAGAAGAGACAGAGACGCAGGGCUGCCAUUUUCAGUGGCAGCCUCACCUCUGCUAUUACCAUAUAGUUUCUGCCUUGGGUACUUUCACCUUGGAUGAUUCAUAUGGAAUGGCGAAUUCUUUAAAAAAAUUGUCUUGGCAGAGAGUUAAAGAUAGGUGACCUUUUAGAUUGUACAUUGUACAUGUUGUAUAUAGUAUCGAUCUUUCACUAACAACUUCGAAACCAGAUUCCCUCCCUGCAUAUACAUGCACUCACAAACACACAAAAGUGAUGAGCCUCUCUCAUUGGGUUCAGACAUAAUUCUCUAAUCUUUCCAUUAACUGCAUUUCUGGUUUAAUUAUUGGUGAAUUUUUAAAAGUCCGAUUUUAAAAAAAUUCCUGGUACAUUAUUUGCCACUUGUGCUUAUGUGUUCCUCGUACUCUGCUGCCCCCAACUGAACGACGCGGGAAUUGUCCGAAACAGGAGUGGAAAUGUGUUAUAUCGAACUGUGUGUGAUCAGAGAUACAAAACUUUGUUGUAUACUGUUCUUAAACUCAAAUGCCUAUUAAAACUACAUGUGUGCUCAA